GUUUUUGCCAUCCUCCAACACCCCCCCCCCCCCCGCCCCAUAAGCUGCAAUAGACAGUGGACUGAGAAGUUUACGUGCCAUGGCCACGAAGCUUCGCGCAUGCAACAUACAAAUCCCAGCAGUCUCUGCAAAACUAAAGUGUUACUAAACCCAGGACCCUGCAUUCACUAUAUCCGCUCUCCCCGGACCCCGCAUUCACUAUAUCCACUCUCCCCGAACCCCGCAUUCACUAUAUCCGCUCUCCCCGACCCCGCAUUCACUAUAUCCGCUCUCCCCGGACCUCGCAUUCACUAUAUCUGGUCUCCCUGGACCCUGCAUUCACUAUAUCCACUCUCCCCGAACCCCGCAUCCACUAUAUCCACUCUCCCUGGAUCCUGCAUUCACUAUAUCCACUCUCCCCGGACCCCGCAUUCACUAUAUCCACUCUCCCUGGAUCCUGCAUUCACUAUAUCCACUCUCCCCGGACCCCGCAUUCACUAUAUCCGCUCUCCCCAGACCCCGCAUUCACUAUAUCCACUCUCCCCGGAUCCCGCAUUCACUAUAUCCGGUCUCCCCGGACCCCGCAUUCACUAUAUCCGCUCUCGCCGGACCCUGCAUUCACUAUAUCUUCUCUCCCGGACCCCGCAUUCACUAUAUCCGCUCUCCACGGACCCUGCAUUCACUAUAUCCUCUAUCCCCGGACCCUGCAUUCACUAUAGCUGCUCUUCCUGGACCCCGCAUUCACUAUAUCCGCUUUCCCCGGACCCCGCAUUCACUAUAUCCGCUCUCCCCGGACCUCGCAUUCACUAUAUCCGCUCUCCCCGGACUCUGCAUUCACUAUAUCCGCUCUCCCCAGACCCUGCAUUCACUAUAUCCGCUCUCCCCGGACCCCGCAUUCACUAUAUCCGGUCUCCC